UCCGAGUCUCGCGAGAAGCACGCUUUACCUGCGCUCUGCUUGCGGUUCUGGCUACCUGGGUUCAGAGUUGAGAGCUCCCGGCUGAGGAGAAGAUGCUAGAACCACAGGAGAAUGGCCUGUUUGACCUACCAGAUUAUGAGCAUAUAGAAGAUGAAACUUUUCCUCCUUUCCCACCUCCAGCUUCUCCAGGGAGAGGAAAUGGUGAAGAAGCUGAACCUGAUGAAGAAUCAGGAAGUGGAGCACCUGUUCCUGUACCUCCAAAGAGAACAGUUAAAAGGAAUAUACCCAAGCUGGAUGCUCAGAGAUUAACUUCAGAAAGAGGGCUUCCAGCCUUAAGGAAUUUGUUUGAUAAGGCAAAAUUCAAAGGUAAAGGUCAUGAGGCCGAAGACUUGAAGAUGCUAAUCAGACACAUGGAGCACUGGGCACAUAGGCUAUUCCCUAAACUGCAAUUUGAGGAUUUUAUUGAAAGAGUUGAAUACCUGGGAAAUAAGAAGGAGGUUCAGACCUGUUUAAAACGAAUUCGACUUGAUCUCCCUAUUUUACAUGAAGAUUUUGUUAAUGAUGAUGAAGUAGGGGAAAAUAAUGGCCAUGAUGUAUCUGCUACUGAAUUAGAUUCCUUUUUGACAAACUCAUCUGCAAGUGAGAAGUUUGCUUCUGAGUCAAAUAGAAGCCUAACAGAAGAGCAACAAGAAAGAAUCGAGAGAAAUAAACAACUGGCCUUGGAAAGAAGACAGGCAAAGCUACUGAGUAAUAGUCAGUCCCUGGGAAAUGACAUGUUAAUGGACACACAGAUAGUUGAAGAAGUUAAUACUGGUGAGGAUCAAGAGGAGGAGUCAGAUGUACUAAACAAAGACAUUCUGGACAAUACUUUAAAUGAAGAGGAGGAAUUAAAAUUAGAGGAAACUCAACUGGCUGAUACUUUAAAUGAAGAGGAGGAAUUAAAAUUAGAAGAAACUCAACUGGCUAUACUUUAAAUGAAGAGGAGGAAUUAAAAUUAAAGGAAACUCAACUGGACCAAUCCUUUUAACAUGUACAAUAGUAACUUUGUUUCAUCCAUAAAUGUCACUCAGGUUAGAUAGUCCUCCAAUAAGAGCAAAUGUAUCUUUUAACUAGUUAUCCUACAAGGUUGAGAUGAGUAUGCAUUUGUCUACUAUGA